UGGACCACUUUGAGGAGGUAUCCAUUGACAUUCUUUUCCGCAUGCAUGCGAUGCAGGUUCAUAGUUCAUAGUCGUGUGCUGGUUCUGUUGCAGCGAUUGAGCAGCAACAUCACAUCACAAGCACACAUAACAGAUGGAUUCACAGUUUUCAUCCUCGAGUGCAUAGCCGAAUGGUGCAAUGCACCGAGGUAUGCAUCGUGCGACACGCAGCCCUGUCAACCCCCCAGCUAGGUCUGUCACUUUUCCGACAACUAAUGGCCAUGGUGGUAUGUACCCACACCAGAUCGACCACGACAUUCCACCUCAUCAUUGGUUGAGGCAGCAAGAAAUGUUUGAGUUUGGGACACCGUCGAGGGACAUGCCCUCGGAACAGAUGAUCGGGGAAGACAACACCGUGACAUGUGAUAUGUCUAAAGGCUUGGCACAAACGCUGCUCGAUAAAGUGUCGCAGCAAGAGGUGGUGAUCAACGCAUUGUUGGGCCAAUUGCAGCAAGCAAACGGACCGGUUGGAAUGUCUCGGCGGGUUUGUGUUGGCAGUUCGUCACGUCAACCUUGCACCACAUUGGAGGAUGAACAGCGACUCGAUAGCGGGAAUGUGCUGCACCGUAUGCCCACUGCAAAACGAACACGGAUGGAAUUCACAGCCGGUUGUUCGAGAGAUAUGUCUGAGAGGUCUUCAGCAGAAGAAGAGUCAUCGGGAGAUAAGCACGACGGGUUGGGCACUCAAUUUGACUUGCCGAGUGCAGACGAUGGUGGUGCAAGCAAAGAGAUGAAAGCAAGUCUCUACGAGAGGCAGGAGUUCCCGGCCGUGAAAGAUUUGCGCAAUGCAGUGGCCCAGCAUGUAGUCGAAAACUGCUAUGAGUUCGUUGUUGUGAAAUCCGACAACAAGCGGUACACGAUUAAAUGCAAGGAUGACAAGUGUAUGUGGCGUUUGCAUGGGUCCCAUGUAAGCGAUAGCCCGGUUUUUGUUGUGAAGGGCAUUGGUGAGCACACGUGCGGAGGCCUCACGAAGCUGUCAAACCGGCAAGCCACCAGCGCAUGGGUUGCGCAGAUGAUAGAGCCAAAAUUGCGAGACACGCCAGAUUACAAGCCGGUGGAGAUCAUGAAUGACCUGUUCCGCGAUCACGGAGUGAAAGUGAAGUACCGUUGUGCAUGGAAAGGGAAGGAGAUCGCAAAGGCAAGAAUUCUCGGAAGUGAUGACGACGGUUACCGGUACUUGCGGCAGUAUUGCAAGGAGGUGCAACGGUCAAAUCCAGGGAGUCUCGCGUUCAUGCAAACUGAGGAGGGAAACUCACGUUUCGAGUGCAUGUUCCUUGCGUUAGACGCAUGCAUAAGAGGUUUCCAACAUUGCAGACCCCUCAUAGGUCUUGACGGGACAUUCAUCAAGACCAGGUACAAAGGUUGUCUCAUGGGGGCAACAACAAUUGAUGCGCAAGGUCAACUUUUCCCUGUUGCCUUCGCACUCGUUGCUGGGGAGGAUGCAGACAACUGGUCCUGGUUCCUCAACCAUCUGAAAGGGACAUUUGAAUCGCGGGGAAUGGACACAUCUGUCAUCACGUUUCUAUCCGAUAGAGAGAAAGGACUUAUUCAAGUUGUGCAAAUUGUGUUUUAUGACUGCCCGCAUGGGUUUUGCAUGAAGCACAUUGCAGACAAUGUGGCGAAAAGGAACAGUGGACUGCUUUACUUGCCAUUGGUGUGGUCCGCUGCGAAAGCACCAACUUCUGUCGAAUUCAAUAGAAUUAUCUCUCGCAUGCAUGUCAUGGACAAGCAAACGACAACAUGGUUUUUGAAAACAUGCGAUCCCACACAUUGGAGCGACGCUUUCUUUGUGGGUCACCAUUACGGGCACUACACAUCAAACAUUGCAGAGUCUUUGAACGGUUGGAUUCGGUUGGAUUCUUGCAGCGCGCCAAAAACCAGCCAUGCACAUGUUUGAGCACAUGCGGCGGCAGCUCUGUGUGUGGUACCUCCAACGUCGAAGGCUUGCAGAUGGGAUCACGACCGCUCUCGUUCCGGGUGUAGAAGCAAG